GCAUGCAGCUGGGAGUGACCUUUGCUCAAGCGUUGUCGCGUUAGCAAAAAGAAAUGAUUGCACCACAUUUCUAUUUAUACCGUUAGUGCUAGAAAAAUAGGUUGUAAUCUGUUUAAUGCAUAAAAGGUUUUGCGCGUGAUUCAUUGUCAUUGGCGCAAGGCCUUGGUACACGAGUGCUGAUGAAUAUUGGAACUAUAUCACUAUAUCACCAGUGCAAUCAUUUUGUGGAAUUUAAUCUGUAUAAUACUGUUGCACAUGACGGACAGGUUUGCACUGGAGUUUCAUUGAUUGUGUUAAUGUUUCUAGUCUGGCUGUGUCAGAUGCAAGUUUUGGCGGUUGUGUGUGGGCGCAAAGAAACAUUAGAAUGCUGUCAAAUGUGGACCUCUUUUCCGGUUCUCCAGUUUGUCUGAGAUGGUAGGCCGGACGCAGAAGAUGAAGGGUCAUCUAGGCACCAAGCAGGAUGCCCUUCUUCGAGGAGUCCUGCCGUGGGUGCUUCUACUCGGCCUUCUGGCCCGGGUCUCGACGGUGCACGCCGCCGAGCGAAUCGAUGAGUGGUCCCCGUAUGACUUCAACUUCACGCUCGGUGACAAAGACGACGUCAGUUUAACUUUCCGGGAGAACACCGUUUUUGUACUGACCGUCAAUCAAUCCAAUUACAUCGGAAAAGUCGAAUUGGACAGCGGGGACAAGGAUAUAUUCACGCUCAAAGAUGGCGUCGUGGUGUUUGAGAUCACGGAAAACACGACAUUUCCGUACCGUAUGAAUGUGGAGCUACGGGGAGGUAUGAUCGGAAGCAGCAAGCUAGUAGCGUACGCCGCCGGGGACAGCAGCGGGGACAGGAUGGUGUUGGGCACGGAUAUCGUCAAGGUCCAAACACCGUUCAGAAUUCUCGGCACGGUAGCCACGUACAUCCUCGCGACUUGGUUAGUAAUUUCUUACGUGAUCAUGGCGGCCAAGGUGGAGCCUAAGGUUCUGUUGGAGAAGAUCAAACCACCCUGGGGUAUCAUCAUGGGGAUGGUGUGUCAGUUCGUCCUCAUGCCUCCCUUAGCCUUUGGAUUGGCUAAGGUCUUCGAUUUGCAGGGGGCCAUUGCGAUCGGUCUGGUCCUAGUAGGCACCUGCCCCGGUGGAUUCUUCAGCAACAUCGAGGUCUUGCUCCUAGACUGCGAUAUAGUUCUUAGCCUGACCAUGACCACUUUCUCUACUUUCUUAGCGGUGGGGAUGAUGCCCCUGAAUCUAUUAAUCUAUGCCCAGCCGUUCGUGUCAGGCAACGGGCAUCUUGAGACCCCCUUCAAGAGCUUGUUGAUCCAGCUGUGCGGCUUGGUCCUUCCGCUCCUUAUCGGAGUCCCCUUCUUCCAUCGCUUCCAGAAGGCUCGGCAGGUCUGUCUCAAACUCGUCAAGCCCUUCACUUUCAUCCUAAUGCUGCUUGGAGUCGUCCUCUUCAUUCCGUCCCAGUACUACAUCUUCUUUGGCAACUGGAAAACCUGGACCACCUCAGCCGUCCUGCCGCUCAUCGGAGCCUUCCUUGGUAUGUCCAUAGCGAGAAUCGCCAACUUUAACUACGUCUUCUCGAUCACUGUUGCUAUCGAAACCGGUUGCCAGAAUACACUCCUUGCAGUCUCGGUCGCAAAACUCUUCUACAAAGAGCCAGAAGCAGACAUUGUGGCCAUUAUUCCCUUGCUCAUUGCCAUGGUGACUGGUUUCGAAGGCAUAGCCAUUGCGGCAGUGUACGUCCUGGGCCGCUACAUCCGCAACAGAACGAGGGGUGAAAAAGAACUGGCUGGGAACGUCGAAGGUGGCAGGGAUUCUCCUGGCUCUGACGCGGAAGGGAACCCAAGUAGAGGCGCCGUGAACGAAGGCCUGGACUCUCGCGACGAGCCACCAUCAGGACCAAGAUUCCGGCAGCUCAUUCCAACCGAUCAGGUCUACGAUGACGGAGUUUGCAUAUGGCCACCGGCACCGGAAGCUCUAAUGUCCCCUAGUCCGCCAUCCCCACAACAACAACAUCAACAACCGGCAGAGGAGGCUAACGCCAGUGACCCACCUCCGGGGGAAACGCCGCAGCGGCCCCACGAGAAUCUCCCGGUCGGCGCGCUGACGACAACCGACGACAUGACGUGUCAGAGCAACGGGUAUGUAAUAGGCCAACAUGCUUGGUUGUGAAAACAAAACGGAAACAUUACCACGAUCUUCGUACAAUAAUGCAGCUCUUCCAAUCUGAUGUUCUAAACAGUACAUUCCGUGUUUAACCAAUAUGGCAAUCUUUGUCUUUUAAUUGGUGUUUCGGUAUGUGUUAUUCGGUGAGAGCUCAAAUUAAGAGCACAAAUAAGGCCCCUAUACUUUGUUAUUCCGUUUCUUUGAGAAAAUAUUUGACAAUAUUUUCCGAGCCAUGUAUGACCUUAUAACGUUGCUGAGAUUGUACUUAAUUUGUUUGUAUGAGCAACCUCAUUUUAGAAGGAGGAGUGCUGAUACAGUGUGAAAAGACAAAUUAGACAUUUUUUUUUAAAAUGUAAGACCUUUGUUACAUUCCACUAUACCGUUUUUAUUUGUGUCUGUGAUCCUCAAAACUGGCUGACGCUUAUAUUAUGACACACCACACGAAGCACGACAAGAACGAUGUAGGCCCAAUUAUAUGGGGAAUAUAUCAUCUCCGCAAUUAGAAGCAGGGAAACCGUGAUGAGCAUAAUUUCGAAUGUCGAGGUGGGAGGAUGCACCGCCCCCUUAAAUAGUUUGAGAUGCAACUGACAAAAUCAAGAGGUCUGCACUAAAUCCCGAUUCACAAAUCUUGACAAGAAAGGAAUCUGUGCCACGUUGGAGAAAAAAACCCGGCCUAAACAGCUACCCUUUGGGAAGGUAAAAGGUUAAAGAAGGGAAGGUUAAAACCCCACUCGGUGCCCCUACAGAAAUUUAGGUUCCCUAAGUCCCCCUAAAAAAAUUGAGUAAAGGGAAAAAAAUACUUUUACCAGGGGCUUGAAUGACGAAAUUCGCACUUCCUCGAAACCGGAUUUUUCUAAUUUAAAGUAAGAGAGAGAUUAAAUCCUAAAUAGCAUGAGUAACGUAUAAAAUAUAGGUCGUUUAAGGACAAUGAACCGACGUAGAUGAAAUUCAUCCGGUUUUACUUUAAUGUAUUCUGACUGCGCCAUGUAAGUUGUUCAGUACAAUUUACACCAAAGAUUCUUCAGCGUACUUAUAUAAGUGUGCUUUUUAAUUAUUUAUUGUGAGUGUUUGGAAAACGAUUCAGUAGAAACAACAUGCACAAGUUAAAAAAAUAAAUGUGUCUUACUUUUGAUGAAUUUACCAAAGCAAUGUAAGUUACAAAAAUCACUAACUAGCAUGUUUAUUUAUAAGUCUGACGAGUGUUAUGAAUCCAAGUAAAAUAUCCCAAAAACAUUGUAUACUGGUUAAGUUAUUUUAGUGUUUAUCUGAAAUAGAGAAAUGGCACUGUUUGUACUGAAUGUCUUGUGGUCUGUUGGAUGCCCUUUGCUCAUUUUCUGGUCAGGAGACGGUAUUUCAAAGAGGACAGCUAUUAUAGUAUUUUGCUGACAAUAUUUGAAUUCUGUUGUAAUUAUUAGAUGUUUUUAAACUUUCCUUGAUAUUUAGAAAGUUGAAUUAUGGAGAACUUGCCUUUCCACAAAUCGGGACAAAACAACACUUUGAGAAUAACAUUACGUGUUUGGCCUUAUUUAAGUUGGAAGUUGGGUGCUGUCCAAAAUCCCAAUAUCAUCUUUGUAUAGUAUUCAAGAUUAUGUCGCAGACAUUAAGUGCCUUAAAACAUGAAAGGAAAUUAAAUAUAAGCUAAAUCAAACUUACCAUUGUAAACAUUUUAUAUCUUAGUCUUUCCGUAUCAAUAUUAUCAGUGUUUAAACAAACACCAAGUUAAAAACUUACAAAAUACUAAAUUGCGAGUCGUACACAAUACAAUAUAUCGUACUUGUAAUUAUUAUGGCAGCCGAGUUUCUGCAAAAUGUGGUACAUUCCUCAAACAUCAGCGUCGUCUCCGGUGUGGUUUCAUAUCAGUCUGGCUCCAGACUAUGCUCCAGAACCAUUAUACCGCAUGCAUGUAAGCCUUAAAACGGGCUUCACGAAACAUGGGCCUGAAGAAUCAUCUGGUACGACGCCGAGAUUUGGCAAAAUGGCCUAUGCGAGCAGUACUAAAUGCCAACUUCCGAAAUGGCCGCUUGCGUCCGUAUUCAGUACAUACGCCUGACCUUUUUGAAGGCAAAUUAAACUAAAAGAUUUUCUCUGCACGCGAUUUACCAAGAAAGACCAAAAUAACUGUAAAUUGACAAAUAAAAAGUAUUUGAAGUUAAAUUUUGUUUUAGGCUUUUCUUAUGCUGUACAUUUCCCCUGUUUAUUGAGAAGACUGUUUUACAUGUGUGAAAAUAACUGUAUGUAGUGGUAUGUGCGUAUUCAGUACUAAUUAUUAAUUUUUAAUGGAGACCAACACUGAAAAUGCCGUGUUAGUUAAACACCGACGGUGUAAACGCAACACUAGAGGAUUUGUAGGAAUUGCCGUACUUCUUGAAAUAGUGGUCGGUUGAAAUUCUUGUAUUUUGGAAGACACGAUAUUUUAUAUGAGACACUUACAUGUACAUGUAAUUCACAGAGGAUUGUGCAUGCU